CCCGGGGGCGAAGCCGCUCGGCGAGGAGAAGGCGGUGGGGCUGGGCCGGGAGGCUCCGGUUGGGCGGCGGGAGUGGGGGAUCCGGCUCCGCUGCCCUCCCGCCCCUCAUAAAGCUUUGAUGAGACACUUGAGACGCCGCCUGUGUUGUCGAGGCGGCGGGAGGCGGCCGGUGGGACUGGGCGCCCGGGAGAGGAUGUGACUUCCCGGAGGGRACCCGGACAGGCUUUGUGUGGACGACAAGUUCCACCAAGUGAGAAGAGUGAUGACCAUCCUUUUCUUUACUAUGGUUAUCUCAUACUUCAGUUGCAUGAAAGCUGCCCCAAUGAAAGAAGCUAGUCUACGAGGACAAGGCGGCUUGGCUUACCCUGGUCUUCGGACCCACGGGACUCUUGAGAGCCUAAAUGGGCCCAGUGCUGGUUCCAGAGGACUGACAUCAUUGGCAGAUACUUUUGAACAUGUCAUAGAGGAGCUUCUAGACGAGGACCAGGACAUCCAGCCCAGUGAGGGAAACAAGGAUGCAGACUUGUACACAUCCCGAGUCAUGCUUAGCAGUCAAGUGCCUUUGGAACCCCCGCUGCUCUUUCUGCUCGAGGAGUACAAAAAUUACUUGGAUGCUGCAAACAUGUCCAUGAGAGUCCGGCGCCACUCCGAUCCAGCUCGCCGUGGGGAACUGAGCGUGUGUGACAGCACGAGUGAGUGGGUGACAGCAGCAGAGAAAAAGACUGCAGUGGACAUGUCCGGGGCGACCGUCACAGUCCUGGAGAAAGUUCCAGUACCCAAAGGCCAACUGAAGCAAUACUUCUAUGAGACCAAAUGCAACCCCAAGGGGUACACAAAGGAGGGCUGCAGGGGCAUAGACAAGAGGCACUGGAACUCCCAGUGCCGAACUACCCAGUCUUACGUGAGAGCUCUCACCAUGGAUAAUAAAAAGAGAGUUGGCUGGCGCUUUAUAAGGAUAGACACUUCUUGUGUAUGUACAUUAACCAUUAAAAGGGGAAGAUAGUGGGUUCGUGUUGUAUAGAUUAUAUUGAGACAAAAUUAUCUAUUUGUAUAUAUACAUAACAGGGUAAAUUAUUCGGUAAAAAAAAAUAAUUUUAUGGACUGCAUGUAUGACUGAAGUUUAUACAGUACAGUGGUUACACAAUCUAUUUAUUGAACAUAUCCAUGACCUGAAGGGGAGCAAAAGUCAUUUGCGCACAAGUUUAAACAAACAAACAAAAAAAAAAAAAAAAAAAAAAAGAAAAUCAAGCAAACAAAAAAGUCUGCAUUACAUUCCUCAUUGUGGUUUGUCGCCGUUGCCAAGAAUUGAAAAUAUAAAAAGUUUAAAAAAAAAAGGAAUAAAAUUGCAUGCUGCUUCAAUUGUGAAUUAAUGAUAAACUGUCCUCUUUCAGAAAAAUAAAUUGAACCAAAACAUUCUGUUUACAUUUUAGACAGUAAGUAUCUUUAGUCUGUUAGUAUAUAUGUUUACUGCUUCUAACUUCUGAUAGCGUUGAAAUUAAAAAAAUGUCAAGGUGCUGUUGUCAUAGUUUUACUGUUUCUCUUUUACUUUUGAAAUCCCAUCAGAUUGAAAAAGAAAAAAAAUCAUUACCUUAUUCUGAAUUAGAAGCAAAUUUGUUUUUUGUAUGUUGUGAAGGUGUUUGCAAUAGCAAUCCAACUACUGACAAAAAAUAAUAAAAAGAGGCAACUGAAAAAGAAUGGUGAUGUUCCACUUCACAUUGUUGAACUUCAGGCUUAAAGACAACACUUACUUAACUGUAUGGCAACAUGCUUUUUUGGUUGUUGGGGUUUUUUUUUGUUGUUGUUGGGGUUUUUUUGGGUUUUUCUUUUUCAAUUUUCAGUCUUUUGAGACAUGCAUUUGCUUAUACCAUGUUUGCUUGUGUUUGAGAAUUUUUUUUCCCCUUUUCUUCCUCUGGAGGGACAUUGGUUGUGAUCUUUAAGUAUUUCACUUACCAUAGAACUGGAGCUUGUCAUAUAGAGAACAUUCUAUAGAGUGUUGAGAGCAAUGAUUUUCAUAUAAUAAAAGACUGUGCUUGGAUCAAAUGUCUUGGUGAAGCACGGUGAGAGUGUCACUAGAAAAAGGAUUUUAAAAAGAUAAAUGAGGUUGGUUGUGGGACUUUGUAGCUCAGSCAGUUUGGGGGCAAAUAACAGUGCUUUGGGUUGACUGAGGCUAUCCCAGCUGCAGUGAUAACUGAAUGCAGUCCUGUGCAUUAUUUUAGAGAGUGAGAUGUGGAUGGAUGCCCUUCCAAGCUGGUGGCACACUCUGGUGGCAUCUCUGCUUGAAGGAGCCCUGGAAACCAGCACUGGAAUGAGAYUGAAGGGAGCACUGCCUCUGGCAAUUAGCUAGAAAGCAAUUAGCAUUAUGUUUGUGUGGCUCUACCUCUGCUGUCAGACUUAUUUCAGGAAACAAAUAUUGGCACUAAAAAAWCACUCUGGAAGUAAAUGAAGAGCAAGUGUUGGAGGAGUUGGCUUAACUUGCUUAGGUUCUGAGAGACGUGUUUAGCUCUKCUUUCAGCCCUCACUGUCCUGAGAGAAUGAAUUAUUGCUCAAAAGGCAAUGGGUUGUAAGGCUGAGGCACUUGCACUGGCUACAGUGGGCUGAGAACAGAAGUAGCUCAAUUAGUAAGCUCACUGAAGGCUGGUGCUAUAUUUGUAAUUCCUGUAGAUGAAGAAAAAUAGCUGAACWAAUAGGAAAAUACUGCAGGAUAUAAUCUGCUUCUGGAUGCUGCAGAAUCUGUGKUUAUUAAAACCUCGGCUGGGCAAAGCUUACUAAAAUAUUUUGCCCCCAACAGUGCUCUUUGAAGAGCACAUUUAACACUGAUUUGAUGUCAUCACUGGUAGAAACCCAUCUGGAAGCUAACAAGACACCUUGACAUCAAUGAUUUCUUUUACUUGGGGUAGAAGGGCAUCCCUUUCCCGAGGAUAACUGGCUGUCAAAGUGCCAUGUGCACACUGACUCUGAGAUCCACCUGAGCUUCAAACUUCAGCCUUCCCCAUCCAUUGCUGAUGGGCAUUUCCCAGACAGAAAAAGAACCAAAAACAAGCCAAAACUUUUCUGAAAUUCCCUAAACCUCAUCUAAGAUAUUCUUUGUGCAAAUUAAAUUGUAGAAUCAAAGAACGUUUUGUGUUGGAAGGGACCCUUAAAGAUGGUUUAUCUCAGGGGCAAGUGCACCUUCCACCAGACCAUUUCAUUCCCCUGGCGCCAGGACCUGUGUGUGUUUUGUAAUUUGCAUUUGGGAAAUGCAAAAUGACUCAGGAUUUAUUCUCAGCUGUACUCCUAAACUGCAGCAGAGCAUUGCUGUAAUGUUGGCUCCUCUCAAAACAAGGGUUGGUUGCUUUAAAGGAAAGGAUGAUGCUGAUGUGUGAAUUGCAAACAAAUCACUUAUCUAGACUGCAAAAAAAAAAAGAUAGCUAGGGUCUGACAGUAAUCUAAUUCGGAUACAGGAAUAAAACUAGUUCAAAGAAACUGAAUUUCCAAAAGAGAAGUGUUAAUGCAUAAAUCAUGCUAGAAAUAAAGUUAACUUGGCUGUAUCCUUUACUUAUAGAUCCUCACCUGGCACAAUAAAGGUGUGGCAGGAUUAGAACAGCAGGAUURUGGGUUCAGAGGGGUAAAGAACAGCCCAGGUAGGUGGGGUGGACUGAGGGAUGGAGCUGGGAACAGCAAAAUGUGGUGACAACACCCAGUGAUACUCCCCAUAGCACACCAAUUCCAUAUUUGCUGUUAUAAGAUGAAAAUGGUGAUUAAAACUGGCAAUUAAAACAAGCUCUCCUGAGCCUGACCUUACCCAUCCACGCUCACGGGCUGGGCAGUUUGAGUUCAAACAGGGAUGGAGAGGGGAGGGUUGGUUUUUUUUUCACAUCACUAAAUCAUAAACCCCCGCUGUGGUCUGUUUGUGACAGAAGUAUAUGAUGCAUGUCAGCAGGCCUAGUGCUGUGUUAAAGACUCUUGCAACUGUAAGUUCAUGUCUGUGGCCUUGUUCUCUUAUUAUUCACCUUGUGUAACAUAAAUAUUUAUUGUAUAUUUAUAUAAUUUUAUGGGUUUUUUUGGGAAAAUACUGAAAUUGGCAUUAAAAUUUAAAAGCAACCGCGUCAUAUUGUAAAUAUAAUUAAGCUAUAUUUAAGUGUACUGAUUAACAUAAUAUAUGUUUA